GGUCGAUAAGCUUGGUUCCUAUGGUUUCCGGAUCCAGACGGCGGAAGGAAAGUCUGCUCCCGGCGUCGUGCUGCAAACGUCGCGCUGCGGGCGUCCUUUGCGGCAGGUCUCCGCGUCGCCUUCAGUCCAUUACCUGUGGCCACCAAACAGACAAGGGCACCGCGGCGGCAGGACGCCAUGCCUUUCUUUGAUAUACAGAAAAGGCUGGGCAUUGACCUAGACCGCUGGAUGACAAUCCAAAGUGCUGAACAGCCUCACAAGAUUCCAUCUCGGUGCCAUGCUUUUGAAAAAGAAUGGAUAGAAUGUUCGCAUGGAAUUGGUGCUAUCCGAGCAGAAAAAGAGUGCAAGAUAGAGUACGAAGAUUUCGUAGAAUGCCUGCUUCGGCAGAAAACGAUGAAACGUCUGAGUGCGAUCUUGAGACAGCGGGAUAAACUAAUCAAGGAGGGGAAGUACACGCCUCCACCACACCACAUGGGCAAGGAGGAUCCUAGGCCCUGAGCAGAGCAGCGGCCGAUGGCUGGAAGCUGAUUUUCAUGUUUGCUCUUCUCCACUGGAAAGUUUAUGUACUGACAACCUCUUUGUGAAUGUGUCUAAAAAUAAAGGAUUGCUCCAUCCUA